ACUCCUCCCCUCACCUGUCCCUGCUUCGACUGAGCUCUCUUUUUGUGUUUUCCACAACACCACUGCGCGGCCUGGUACCGACGACGCAUACCGCUGGGUUCUAUCGCGAGGCAUGGCUUUCUCGUUUCGACCCAGGGCCUUGUUGUGGCUGUCCCUUAGAGACUUGCCACGCAUUCCGUACGGCCGACACGGUUCUUUCUGGUGAUGAUAAUAUAUGCUUACAUUAUUUCGCGACAAAAAUGGUGCUCCCCUGCUGUCUCGCCCUGUGACGCAUCCUACUGGGGUAGUCUAGCCCGAUAGACAGCAAGAGCAAACCACAUCUUCACAAUAUUUCGUCCUGUAAUAGUAUCUCGUCGACGCUACUGCAGCAGCCAUGGUGCUGCCGUGCUGCCUGGCGAUGUGGGGGUGCGCGUGCUGCGGAUGCGACCUAGUUUAGAACUCUACAGUAGUAAACCAUACGUUUCUCCACGUUACAGCAGCAAUGGUGCUGCCGUGCUGCUUGGCGGUGUGGGGGUGCGCGUGUUGCGGGUGGGCCGUGCAUCGCCUCAUGUACAAGGGCUCGGACUCCAGCCACGACUGGCCGGCGGCCUCCAGAGACGAGAUGGCGGAUUUCCCCCGCCUCGCGGCGCUUGUUCUCGCGUCGUACGAACCCGACCUGGCCAAGAGCCUGCAGCUGCUGGAAUCCCUUUCCGACGACCAUGGGAAUAUCGGCGCGCAGCCGCAAAUUGACGCUGCUGAUGGCCGGUCCAAGCGAGGCGACACCGAUCCGACGCAUGUGCAAACGGCGAAGGAAGAGGAAAUGGCGAAGGGAAGGGUUCCUAAUUCUCAGCCAGGUUCCGAGCCAAAAGCCGAGGCUAAACCCGGGGCUAACGGCAAGGAUGGAGUGGUGAUGGGGAAGCGGGAGGCGAUUGAGGCGCGGAUGCUGCGGAAGGUGGAGCAGCGGGACACGGGCGGGCAGUGCCCGUCGUACCUGGUGUACCUGGACCCGGUGAAUAAAGACAUCACCGUGGCCAUGCGCGGGAUGAACCUGACGCAGAUGUCGGACUACCGGAUCCUCAAGAACAACCGCGAGGGCAAGCAGAUGUUCGAUGGGGGCUACGUGCACUGCGGGCUCCUAGCAGCAGCAGGCGCGUUUCUCGACCUCGAGAUGGACCACCUCAAGCGUCUCCUGCGCAAGCACCCCGGCCACACGCUCACGCUCACUGGCCACUCCAUCGGGGCGGGCGUGCUUGCCCUGGCAGCCAUGGUGCUGGCCAACAACCUCCGGGAGCUGGGGCGCGUGCGGAGGGGUAGGAUACGGUGCGUGGGCUUCUCGCCGCCGCGCUGUGCGUCGCUCAAUCUGGCGGUGCGCCAUGCCGACAUCAUCGCGUCUGUGGUGCUGCAGGAUGACUUUCUUCCCCGCGUCUCGCACCCGCUCGCUCUAGUUUUUGGACUGGCCUUCUGCAUGCCCUGUGUGCUGCAGUUUGCCUGCUGCCGCGACACAUGUGUGCCAGAGAAAAAGCGACUGGCAGAUCCCAGGAGGUUAUAUGCGCCCGGACGGCUCUACCACUUGCUCUACACACAACCGUGCAGCUGUACGGAUCUUCCCCCAGUGGCGCUGACCGCCAUCCCAGUGGAGGGGCGGUUUGAGAAGGUGGUGCUGUCGCGCACGGCCACUCGCGACCACUUGCUGCCACUUAUCGCCGCCAAGCUGCAGCAGUUCCUGCAGGCGGCGGAAGAGCCGGAGGAAGAAGUCAUGGCAGAACAAGUUGUGGUGAUGAAACUAAGCGAGGAGCAACAACCAGUCAUGAUGACAGCACCGCCAGAGGAGCUCAUGGAGCGGGGCGUGGGAACAGCAGCUGCAGCAGCAUCAACAGCAGCAGCAGGAGCAGCAGGAGCAGGUGCAGGAGCAGGAGCAGGAGCAGGAGCAGGAGCAGGAGCAGGAGCAGGUGCUGCAGCAGCUGCUGCGGACUCGCUAAACGAGCAGCCCUCCCUGCAGGAUCUGUCACAGCACGGGUCGCAGCAGCGGUCGCAGCACCAGCAAUCGCUGUUGCAGCAGCAACACCGGCUGCAGCAUCUCAAGUCCCUGGAGCGCUGUGUUUCGCUGAGAAUACCCAAUGCCAAGGAUCCUGCUGAGCUGGCAGCAGAUUCGGAGGAGGAAGACGAAGAGGAGGCCGGGCAAUCGGGCUCAGACGGAACUUCUGAACUUGAAGUUCAGAAUGAAGAGCAGGGGAACAAUGGUGCUGCAGCAGGGGAGAUUGCUGCUGGCAGCAGCAGCAGCGCUGGUGAUGGUGGUGGAAAUCACCCGGUGAAACAGUUGAAAGCACAUAAUUCAGCCGCCCAGGUACAGAAGCGGUGGCAGGAUUUGAUUGAAGUGCUGAUGUCCAGUGAAGGGGAGGCUGGUAAGGCAGGAGGGGAUGGAGACGUCAUUAAAGGGCAGCUUUCUAGAGGCAGUAUGGGCCGUGAGCUGAGUGGGGGCGGUGGAGGGAAAGGGUUCGCCUUCAGGAGUUUGAGCUGGAGGCAGACCUCACUUAGUGCACGGAGGUCAUCUGAUGAGAACAAAGGAUGGGCAAGGGUAAAACAGGCAGUCCAGGAAAGGGGGUUUGGGGGGGAGAGAGAAACAGGAGGAGACUGAUAAUAAUUUGGCCUACAUUAUGAUCAAACUUGGCUAGGUGUUUCUUGCUAUUAUGUACACGAAUGUACCUUUUUCUACAGAACGGCU